GAUAUGCAGACGGCUGCUUUAUGGCUCUCUCCGCUACUAGUUGCUGGGGCUGCUGGAGGCAUGUGGGCUUACAAGAAGCACAGGCAGAAGACUAACGUGCACAUUAUGGCUCUGAAUCUCGUUCGAGGAGUCCCAUUAACGCCAAAGGAGAAGGAAACUAUGCUCGAAGUCCUCACACCACCUCCUGGAGGAACUUCGUCCUCCAGUUGGUGGAGUAAAUGGUUUCAGCAGUGAAAGUUUCUUUAACCUACCAUAACUUGUAGUCUAUUUUUCUGCUGUAAUAUCUCAAACUGCCAGCUAGUCGAGAUGCCACCCUAUCCAUGUCAUUUUGCAUUGGCGUGUUUGAAUUGGUCAUUGUGAUUACACAUUUUUCUCAGGGUAUAUACCUGAAAUAAGUGAUCGACAUCUUAUUGUACAAAAGGUACAAAUUGAUCAUGAGCUGACUUCACAAUAAUGCUGCUAACAUGGUGGUUUGUGAUAGAGUAUCUUAGUAUAUAUUAUUCCA